UUUUAAAAAAAAGUUUUUUUAAAUAAAAAUAUCAAAGCAGCCGUCUGCAUUCUUUGAUUUUUUUUUUUUUUUUCGAAAAAAGUCUGGACACCCCUGCUGGAGCUAGUCAGUAAACAAAAGGUACUAAUGAUAAGAACUAACAUGCAUAGAAUAUGUAUAAUGGACACAAUUCAAGUAUACUAUCGUGGUGAGUCAUGAUUUUUGUAAUGGAAAAAAUGUGCUUCUAAUGUGCUACAAUAAAUAUUAGGUCAUAUUUUUUAAUAUUUGCCUAUUUUUAAUCUGCAGUGCCUCUCAGUAGAGCAUAGAUCUUUGCAUUGUGUGUGUGUGUGAGAUUGUGUGUGUGUGUAAUAACCUAAACUUUCAUUUUUCCCAUGCAUUAUCACUGAGAAAUUAUGGAUUUUGUUUUUUCAAAUCCUUAUCUCGCAGAAAAGAAUGCAAAACGCGCACCUUCUUAUAUGUCGUCAUGCUAAAAAUAAUAUGUGCAUGUCUCAGAUCAAGGGUACCUAAGUGUUACAUUUCAAACUUGUGGAUAGACCUUGGUAAUGUUAUCAACACAAACUUCAGACAUUGCAAAACACACACCCAACAUACCAGAGCUGGAGACAUCUUCCAUUUCCCAUAGCAACCCUCCCAAGUUCACUCUUUCUUAAAUGUAAAGUACAUAACUCGGUGUCCACUUGGUGUUAGACUUUUGUUCAAAUAAUCUAAUUUUACUCUUUUAUACACAAAAAAUCACUUUAGUUGCAGAGUUGAGUAAUUAUUCCAUGAAUAUAUACCAUUGUAAUCAUCAUGGGGUUUGUUUUUCCAUGGAAUUAUGUUCUUCAAAGUUUUCAUCGGCAGGCGGACACGAAGGUGAUGUACUUUUCACUAAUGAUUACACAACAGUUUUUUGGGUUUUUUUUACACUGAGAAUAAAACACAUUAGAAACCAAUUUCAGACAUCAUUCUUUAAUUCUAAGUAGAAAUCAUGACAAAAUGAUCAGAGAAAAUAUUGUUAAUUUCACAACAAAAGUAGACAUGCUUUACAUGUAACAUUUCAAUGUCCAAAUAUAGACACUUUUUUAAAACAUAGCCGUGCUAACGCAAAAUAAAAACAUGAACAGGCUUAAUUUAUGGUUUGGUAAGCUUCCUCACUCUAUAAACGUCAGAGUGAUAGGGAUAGUACACAUUGUUAGAACAACAAUCUCAAAUACUACUCAAGUGAAGUUGAAGACAGCAAAGGGUACCCUUGAUCUGAGCCAUGCACACACAUAUACAUAGAUAUUCAUUUUAAUCGCUGAAGGAAAGUGCUGGAUUGUAUAUUUUUUUGUAUUUGUUGCAUAUGAGUCGUAUACUGCAGACUGACGAGUGGGUGCUGUCCCCUGCUGAGGCCGAGUGACUAAAUCCCCAGGAGACAGAGCUGAACAGCUUUAUUUUCUGUUGCCGUGGCAACCUGCCGAGUUUGAUCGCAACACCGAGAUGGCCAACCAGCUGCAGAGGCUCGUGGCGGAGAAGAAGGACUUGGUGGAGACGGUGAUGGAGGCCUUCGAGCAGGGAGCCGAGGUGGUGGCCAGCAUUGCCGGCGACCUCUUCCCCGUCUUCUCCAUCGCUGCGCCUAUCGUAAAGCUGGCUCUGGACAACGUGGAGACCAAGGAGGCCGCCUUCAUGAGGGAGCAGUUCCAGAAGGUGCGUGACCGCCUGGAGGUCGUCUCGGAGCAGAUGCAGAGGAUCCAUGACGAGAUCAAGAAGAGCGGCGUGGACGCGGCCUACUUCUCCGUGGAGGAGAACAUCACCAACCAGUUCAGGAAGUACAUGGACAUCCUCAACGCCAAAGCCAAGUUCCGGGAAGUUAAGAAGAAGCUCUUCCUGGAGCAUUUUGACAAGACGGGCGGCGACAAGAAUCUCAACAUCCUGUACAAUGCCGUGACGGGCGACAACUUCUCCGGGGAGUCGGUGCUGGAGAUCAUCCUCAACUACGAGGAGAAGAGUCGGCGGUCGAUGGAGGACUUCUGUGCCAGGCUGAAAAAACUCUUCUGCCUUGGGCUCAUCGCACUGCUGGGCCACGCCGCCUUGAAGGGCUACGACGAGGAGGAGGUGCUCCUCAAAGACUGGAACGAAAAAAUGAAGGUGGUCCAGGACAAAAUGAACGCCGUCAUCGAGGAUUGCAUCGUCAGCUUCCCCAAACAGGCCGAGCUGGAUUCCCGGCGGCUGGUGAGGGACCGCCCGGACUGGACCAACCAGCAGCUGGCCGACGCCAUCGUAGCCAAGCUCAAGGGGAAGUAUGACUGGGUGGGCUGGUCGGUGCGCGUCUUCAAGUCCCCCUCGGGCCUGUUUGCCCCAAAGAAGGACUACCACUGCUCGACGGGAAGGAACCGCUUCCAGGUGCCCGCGUCUGACAGCAAACUCAACGUGGUGGUGUCCUACAGUUCCUCCGCUGAACCCGUGAACCGCAAUCACAUCCAGCAGCUGAUCCAGAGCCAGAAGAAGCUCAGCGCGGUGGCGGUGGCUGAGAUGCUGUUCGAGAAGCUGCCUGGCGAGUGCGCGGUCCACACGGUGAAGACCAGCAAGGACCUGGCCUGCGCCUGGAGCUUCUCGGACGAGCUGCACUACUGGGAGGAGCACAAGAACUUGUACGUGUGCGUUCACUCGGCGUGACGAGCGAGCGACGCCUCCGAGCUGCCACACUUUUCACCUUCAUGUGCCUUCAUGCUCCUCCAAAUCCUCCAACAACAUCACAUUCCAGCUUUGGACACCUUUUGGGAAAAUGAACAUUCCUUCUAAAGAGAGAUAAUUGGUUCCAGACAAUGAGCUAAUUCCCAACAUAAGUCCGCAACACUGACAUGGAAAGAAGCACAGUCAUCCCAGCACUAGCUAAAAGCGUGCUACAAAUACGCUGCAUGCUAAUUUCGCCACAACCAGGAACCUCACUCCAUCACUUUACACCAUUAUACUUCCUUUUGCUAUACAUUACUACUUCAUUUCCAAAUGCCCGUCACUUGCUGUUUUACUUUUCCAUUUCCUCUGCAGCCCAUCUAGGCAGCAAACUAGAUACGUCCGCGCCAACAGCGCAGUCGCGACGUUUACUUUGGGUUGCUCGACGACGUAACGACGACAUAACCCGCACUAAUGUAGGCGGCGUUCAGCCAAGUGGUACGCCUUUGUUAGCGUUUCAUUAACCACUAUGAUCAAAUGUGUGUGUGUGUGGCUCCAAGAUGUUAUCACCUGAAUGACAUUUUCCUCACAUUAACUCCAAGAUAUGUAUUUCUAACAUGACUGCAGGUAUUAUUCCAAUCAAGUUCUUCUAAUAAACUAUGAAUAUUGGCCUUCAUUGCUUUUGUUUGUGUUUAUUAUGAAACACUUGCAUUAGUGUGGGCGUGUGUUGGCUUAAUACAGUGCUUCUCAAAUAGUGU